AGUCAAAGACAAAGAGAGAGACAGAGAGAGAGAGAGAGAGACAGUAAGAGAGGGACAGAGACAAACAAAACAACACGCAGGACCCUCUUUUCGGAUUCGCUUGUCUUUAUUACUUCAGUUUUAAGAGUUGCAGACCACAGUCACCAUGGUGAAAGUGUCUUUCAGCUCUGCGUUGACACAGAAAGAAGUGAAAUGGGACGCGAAAAGUCUUCUUCCUGAGAACACAGAUCCUGAAGCAGCCAAACCCGCUGUGGUUCCUGUUUCUCGUCAGCAAAACCAAGCCUGGUGCUGGUGCAUGUGUCUUGGUCUGGCCCUCAUGUUGUCAGGUGUGGUGGUGGGCGGAGUUUAUCUGUUCAGAUACUAUUCUGAGAACGGUGAGGUGUUUGUGUGUGGACUCCAAUACCGUGAAGAAGACUAUAUGAUCAGAGACGAAGAGGAGGAGGUGCACGUGGAGUUUUCCAGCUCUCACCACCUCUACCUGCUGGAGGAGAAGAUCAGAAUCCUGCAGGAGGAGCAGGUGGAGCUGAUCAACGUUCCUGUUCCUGAGUUUGAGAACGGAGAUCCCGCCACCAUUGUGCAUGAUUUCCCGAGGAUGUUGACGGCCUACCUUGACCUAACCCUGAACAAAUGCUAUGUGAUUCCUCUGAACACCUCCAUAGUUCUUCCUCCCAAGAACUUCCAGGAUCUUCUUACCAGCAUCAAGGCAGAGAAGUACUUCCCUCAAACCUACCUUGUCCACGAGGAGAUGGUGGUCACAGAGCGUCUCUAUCAUGUUGAGCAACUUGGCUACUACAUCUAUAACGUCUGCCGUGGAAGAGAGACCUUCAAACUGCAACGCAGAGACCACAUCUUGGGGAUGCAGAAACGCGAGGUUCUGAACUGCCGUAAAAUCCGUCACUUUGGCAGCAUGGUGGUGGUGGAGACACUGAUCUGUGAGCCGUAGGUUCUCAUACUUGCUCCCAGGGUCUAACAUAUUUUAAUCCUCACCUGUUGUUCAAUGUUCAUUUUCUGAACUUCUGUUCAAGUGGUUUUGUCAGGAAAAUGAGGUGACAAUUUACUGCUUUUUAAAUUUCAAAACUGUGUUGAAACUAUGUAAUUCUCUAUGUUUCUCACUUACAUGGAGGGAAGAGGGCUUUUAUACUGUCAUCUUUGAUUUUUAAAAUUAAAUUAUUUUAAUUGCAGAAAACCCCCCACAACGUGAUUAUUAAGGCAUAACUUUACUUUUGUUUGAGCUAAGAAAUUGUUUUAAAUAUUCAUUCAUUGUUUGAAAAAUAGAAUAAUCUCUACGCCCUUCAAUUUUUAUCUACGGUUUUCUGUUAAGUUUAUUUCUUUUGGAUAAAAACACAUUCUACUACUUUGUUUAUAUAAUCUCAUUAAAACCCUUACAAAAAUAAGACAAAA